UAAAUAACAACAUGCAGCCAAACUGAUGCCCUCGUGGAUAUAAAGUUGGACUCUUGAUGGUGUAAAAGCGAAGCAUUUAUUUGGCCUUUGACAGCAGCCAUCAUGGGAAAGAUUAUCUUUUAUGAGGACAGAAACUUUGGAGGACAUCACUAUGAGUGCAUGAGUGACUGCGCUGACCUGCACUCGAUGUUUGACCACUGUCGCUCCAUACGUGUGGAGAGCGGCAUGUUCAUGAUCUACGACCAGCCUGGCUUCAUGGGGAACCAGUACUUCAUGAGAAUGGGAGAGUAUUCUGACUACAUGGGCAUGACCGGUAUGAAUGACUGUGUCCGAUCAUGCCGCAUGAUCCCCAUGCACAGUGGCAGCUUUAGGAUGCAGCUGUACGAGCACUUUGACAUGGGAGGUGAAAUGAUAGAGCUAACGGACGACUGCCCAAACCUUAUGGGCCGCUUCCGCCUCACCAACUUCAACUCGUGCAAUGUCCUGGAUGGCCACUGGCUGGUGUACGAGCAGCCUAACUACAGGGGGCGCCAAUACUACUUAAGGCCUGGCCUGUACAGGAGCUUUAGUGAAUGGAAUGGCCCAAACUCCAGGAUUGGCUCCAUAAGACGUCUCAUGAAUCUCUAAGGACAGGAAGGUUCUCAUGACAUGCCUGCUUUUUGCCUUAUUUUACAAGUGAAAUAAAAUG